AUGCGUUUCUCCAAGCACGUCCUCCCUAUCGCGAUCCUCCUCACCGGUGUCAUUGCCGCCAAGGACGAGGAGUCCACCACCGCCGUCGAGAAGGCAAAGGCUACUGAAGACAAGCCAUCCAAAACGACUGCCGAUGGUUCCGAGUCCAACACAGCGGAAGCGACAGAUGAGGCUUCUGCGACUGCUACAGGCAAAGACGGCAAGGACAAGGACUCGAAGACCGACAAGUCUGACACCAAGACUGGCACCAAGGACAAGGAGACCGCUUCCAAAACAUCGACUUCUGUUGACGGACCUACAAUUACUUGGGACCCUCCUGCUCCCAAGACCACAGUCCCCGACAUCAACGCCGGCUCUCCCUCGCCUAUGACUCCCGGUGUCUUGGUCCUAUCACUGGUAUUUGGAAUCACAUCUCUCGGCAUGGCACUCCUAUAA